AUGCCUCCUCCCAUAACCACCCGCAGGCGCCAUGUGCUUGUUGCUGCAGCAACAGGUAGGCAUGGGAGUGAGCGUGUUGCCAUUGCGUCAGUUACCAUUGCGUUAGUUGCCAUUGCGUCAGUUGCCAUUGCGUCAGUUGCCAUUGCGUUAGUUGCCAUUGCGUCAGUUGCCAUUGCGUCAGUUGCCAUUGCGUCAGUUGCCAUUGGGUCAGUUGCCAUUGCGUCAGUUGCCAUUGUGUCGGUUGCCAUUGUGUCAGUUGCCAUUGCGUCAGUUGCCAUUGCGUCAGUUGCCAUUGCGUCAGUUGCCGUUGCGUCAGUUGCCAUUGGGUUGGUUGCCAUUGCGUCAGAUGCCAUUGCGUCAGAUGCCAUUGCGUCAUUUGCCAUUGCGUCAGUUGCCAUUGCGUCAGUUGCCAUUGUGUCCGUUGCCAUUGUGUUAGUUGACAUUGCGUCGGUUGCCAUUGCGUCAGUUGCCAUUGCGUCGGUUGCCAUUGCGCCGGUUGCCAUUGCGUCGGCUGCCAUUGCGUUGGUCGCCAUUGUGUCGGUUGCCACUGUGUUAGUUGCCAGUGUGUCAGCUGCCAUUGCGUCAGCUGCCAUUGCGUUACUUGCCCUUGCGUUAGUUGCCAUUGCGUCAGUUGCCAUUGCGUCAGUUGCCAUUGCGUCAGUUGCCAUUGCGUCAGUUGCCAUUGCGUCAGCUGCCAUUGCGUCAGUUGCCAUUGUGUCAGUUGCCAUUGCGUCAGUUGCCAUUGCGUCAGUUGCCAUUGCGUCAGUUGCCAUUGCGUCAGCUGCCAUUGCGUCAGUUGCCAUUGUGUCAGUUGCCAUUGCGUCAGUUGCCAUUGUGUCAGUUGCCAUUGUGUCAGUUGCCAUUGCGUUAGUUGCCAUUGUGUCAGUUGCCAUUGCACGCGGCGCCCUCCCAUCGUCUCACUUCCCUCCUCCCUGCCUCUCCUCCAUCUCCCCCAUCUCAGCUGUGUGUGGGCGACUGAGGUGUGGUGCGUAUCGGGCAUUUAGUGCACGUGCACAUGGGCAGGGGCUUAGAAAGGCAGUAGCAAGGUUCCUUCUGCUGUCUCACUCCAUUUCUUGCCUGUCCCUUCUCACAUCGCCAUCGUCCCUCUCUCACUCCGUGAAUCUUCAAUGCUCUCUGCCUCUCGCCAUCGUCCCCCACCCAGCUGUGUGUGGGCGACUGGAAUGGGCAUUGCCACCCCCACCAGUGACAUGUACAAGUAGGGCUUCGAUCAACCUGCCUCUCCACUUUGCAUUCACCAAGGUGGAGUGUGAGUGGCAGCUUCUACAACUGCUCACUCCCGUAACCCUUGCCUGUCUGCCUUUACCCCUUGCCUGUCUGGCCUUCCCUCCCGCCAUUGUGGAGGUGCUGCUGCUACAGCUGCUCACGGGGUGGGCCAGUCCCUUGAGGCAUGUGAAUGGGCAGCGCACCCACAUCUAUGACUGGGUGCAUGGGGCUCUGAUCAGAGGAUCCCCUAGCCCUCCUUCACUCCUCAUCCUCCCCUUCCCACUUCCCCCUGUUCCUCCUCAUCCCCUCCUCUUGCCCACUCACUUCUCGCCCCCUCCCCUAGCCUACGUACUUCUCGUCCCCUCCCCUAGCCUACCUACUUCUUGUCCCCUCCCCUAG